AAAAAAAAUUCUUCGCGUCGUUCGUUUAUUCUUCGGUUAACCGUUUACACCAUAAAAAAAGCGUGUAUUAAAUAUUUAUUAUUAAAUAAAAAAAAUAAAAAAAUAAUAAAAGUGAAUAAAUAAUAAUAACAACAAUAAUAAUAAUAUAAUAUUGAAUACAGUGUGUUCACAUUAAAAUGCCAAAUAUCAUCACAUUGUGUGAUUUAAUAAUAAUUUGUAAUUUAAUAACAGUAUAAAUGAUGAAAAUAAGAAAUAAAAACAAGUGAAGGUGCUCAAGUAGUAUUUGAUGGUCAAUAACGCGUUUGUGGUGCAUUGUGUAUUACAACAACUAAAUUAAUAUUAUUAUUUUUCAUUGACAAAAAUUAAGGUGUCAUUAGUUUACGGUGUCUAUGCAUAUUCUCAGAAUUUGGACUGUAUUCUAAAACAACAACAACAACAAUAACAACAUAGCUGUAAUUUAAUUGUAAUAUAAUUAAAUUUUAUUAAUAAUUGAUUGAUUGAUUAUAAACAAAUAUAAAUAGUAACAAAAAGAGGAUAAAAAAAGUCAACAAGAUGUCGGAGAUAGUAUACCCUGCGGGGUGUAGAUCAGUUAGUGAAGAUCUAGGUGCUGAUGAGUUGAUACGUAGACUCAAGACACUUGCACAUACACUACAAGCAAUGGGACAAGAUGAAGGUAUGUAUCAACAUUAUAUACCACUUGCUCUUCAUCUUGCUGAGGAACAUUUUUUAAGUCAUCAAAGUAAAGAUGUACAACUUUUAAUUGCUUGUUGUAUUGCUGAUGUUUUACGUGUGUAUGCACCAGAAGCACCAUACAAAGAUGCUGAACAAGUUAAAGGAAUAUUUUUAUUUUUAAUAAAACAACUUGCUGGUUUACGUGAUCCAAAAGAUCCAGCAUUUAAAAGAUAUUUUUAUUUACUUGAAAAUUUAGCAUAUGUUAAAUCAUUUAAUAUGUGUUUUGAGCUUGAAGAUUGUCAAGAAAUUUUUUGUGCUUUAUUUUCAUUAAUGUUUCGUAUUGUUAAUGAUGAACAUUCUGGUAAAGUUAAAAGUUUUAUGUUGGAUGUAUUGUGUCCAUUAAUAACUGAAUCAGAUACAGUUAGUAAUGAAUUACUUGAUAUAAUAUUAAUAAAUAUUGUUGAACCAAAUAAAACACAAAAAAAAAAUGCAUAUUGUCUUGCCAAAGAUUUGGUUGUUAAAUGUAGUGAUACACUUGAGCCUUAUAUACAAGCAUUUUUUAAUCAUGUAUUGAUACUUGGUAAAGAAGAAAAAGGUUUAGCAAUAUGUAAAAAAGCAUAUGAUUUAAUAUAUGAAUUAAAUCAUAUUUGUUCAAGUGUAUUAUUAUCUGUGCUACCACAACUUGAAUGUAAAUUAAAAUCAUCAUUAGAAACAGAACGUUUAAAUGCUGUUGCUCUAUUAGCACGUAUGUUUUCAGAAAAAAAUUCAAACUUAGCAACACAACAUACACAAUUAUGGCGUGCAUUUUUAGGAAGAUUUAAUGAUAUAAGUGUAUCAAUACGUACAAAAUGUGUACAAUAUUCAAUGCAUUUUUUAUUAAAUCAUCCGGAAUUACGUAAAGAUAUAACUGACACAUUAAAGCUACGUCAACAUGAUGCUGAUGAAAAUGUUAGAUAUGAAGUUGUUAUGGCAAUAGUAUCAACAGCUAAACGUGAUUUUGAAGUUGUAUCUGAUAAUGAGGAUUUACUUGAAUUUGUUAAAGAAAGAACAUUAGAUAAAAAAUAUAAAAUACGUAGAGAAGCUAUGGCUGGUCUUGCAAUGAUAUAUAAAAAACAUUUAAAUGAUGCUGAUGUACCACAAGCAACUAAAAAAGCAGUAACAUGGAUUAAAGAUAAAAUAUUACAUGGUUAUUAUAUGACUGGUAUGGAAGAUAGAUUACUUGUUGAAAGAUUAUUAAAUACAUGUUUAGUACCAUAUCAAUUAUCAGCUGAUGAAAGAAUGAAAAAAUUAUAUCAUUUACUUGGUACAAUUGAUGAUCAUGCAUCAAAAGCAUUUGUUGAAUUACAAAAACAUCAACUUGCUGUUAGACGUUCUGUACAAGAUUGGCUUGAAAUUGUUAAAACAAAAGAUACAUCAUCAAGUGAAUGCAAUACAAAAAUACAUCAAAUAUCACGUUAUCUACCAGAUCCAAUGAAAGUAUUGGAAUUUUUACAAAAAUUUUCAAAUCAUAUGAAACAAGAUUUAGCAUUAUUAAAUGGUAUGGAAAGAAUAGUACAAUCAAAUGUAUCAUGUAAAGAAUGUGCUGAUACAAUAACAAAAGUAUUAAAAAAACUUGGACAACCAAUAAUGACAAAUUUAUAUUAUAAUACAAUUAAAAUGUUACUUGAACGUGUUAGUUCAGUAUUAAUUGAUGAUGAAGCUAUUAGAAUAUUAAUACGUUAUGUACAAGAUUGUUUAAAAGGUGGUAAUGUUAUUGAAGAAGUUGGUCUUAAUCCAAAUAAUGCUGGUGAAAAAGGUUUACGUUUACUUGUUAUAUUAUCAUUUGUAUUUGGACCACAUUUUUUACAUGAAGAUAUAUUACAACAACUUGUUGAACUUGUUGAAAUGGAAGAUGAAAUGGUUGGUGCAUUGGUAUUAUCAAUAUUUACAUUUUUAGGUAAAUAUAAACCAUUGUGUGAAGUUGCACCAAAUAUUAUGGAUAAAAUGGCACCAAUAUGUCAAAAUUUUGCAUUAACUGGUACACCAAAACAAGCUAAACAAGCAAUACGUUGUUUAUUUGUUAAUAUGACGGAUAAACAUGAUACAAUAUUUCCUGAAAUUAUUGAAAGAAUUAAAUUAACAUUAACACCAACAUCUGAAUAUUAUAGAACAUCAAUUGUAACAUUGGGUCAUAUUGCAUAUAAUUUACCAGAAAAAUAUCAUAUACAAAUUAAAAAUAUGGUAUCAAGAAAAAUUGUUAAAGAAUUAUUAGUUAAAGAAAGUAGUGAAUCAGCAUCAUCAACAACAACAACAACAGAUGCUAAUACAAUAAGUGAUGCUGAUUGGUGUGAUGAAGAACAAUUACCAGAAGAAACACGUUGUCGUAUUGAAGGUUUAAAAUGUAUGGCACGUUGGUUACUUGGUUUAAAAACAGAUGUAUUAUCAGCACAAAAAACAUUUAGAAUGUUAAAUGCAUUUGUUGGUAAUAAAGGUGAUUUAUUACAACAAGGAAGAUUAACACGUGCUGAAAUGAGCUGGUUAAGAUUACAAGCUGGUUGUUCAAUGUUAAAAAUAUGUGAACAAAAAGGUGUUGGUGAUCAAUUUACAGCUGAACAAUUUUAUAAUUUAUCACAAUUAAUGGUUGAUGAAGUUAAAGAAGUUAGAGAAGCAUUUAGUAAUAAAUUACAUCGUGGUCUUGGUUCUGGUAUACCAAAUAAAUGUUUACCACUUGAUUUUAUGGGUUAUUAUGCUUUAGCUGGUAAAGAAAAUGAUAAAAAACAAAAAACAUUAUUACGUACACAUAUGCAAACUGAUAUUAAUAGAAGAAGAGAUUAUGUUAAGGCAUUAUCACUUGGUGUUGUUGAAAGAGCUAUGGGACAAUUACCACAUAUAUUACCAGAUUAUAUGUUAGUAUUUGCUGUACCAAUACUUGCACAUGAUCCAUCAUUUACUGAUCAUCUUGAUACAUCACAAUUAAAAAUAAUACAACAAUGUUUAUGGUUUAUUCUUGAACCUUUAAUAACUAAAAAUGAAUAUUAUUGUUAUGGUUUUUAUAAAAGUUUAAUUGAUCGUAUGAAAUGUCAUAAAGAUGCACUUAAACCAGAUAAUUCAUUAGCAAAUUAUAAAUUAUGGGCUGUUUGUGAUCUUGCUAUGAAUGUUAUUUAUACUAAAACAACUAAUUUUGAUAUGAAAGAAUUUCCAAGUGAAGCACGUAUACCAACAAUGUACUUUAAACGUACUGAUGAAUUAAUUACAAAUUCAGUUAAUUAUUUACCACCUGAAUUACAAAUUAAUAUGACAAGUCCAAAGGGUAAAGGAUUGCAUUUAAAUUCAAUGAGUGAAAGACCAAAAAGGGGACCCAAAGGAAAACAAAAAGAAAUUGGAAUUGGACCAAAUGAAACUGAUGCCAGACUGCAUAUUGGAGAAAUGGAAUGUAUUGAUGCACAGCCUGCUGAAGCUUCAGAAACGAGAAUCCAAUUACCAGGCUUGGAAGAAGAGAUUGAUGAACCACCAGCCAAGAGACUCAGAGAACACGAUAAAUCAAAUAACAAAUAAUUACACUAUUAACAACGAGCAUGAUGAAUAAAAAAAAAGAAAAAAAAAAAUUAGAAUUAGUUGUACUUUUCGAUAAUUAUUGUGUCGAUAUAAAAUCAUCCAAAAAUAAUCAUUAAUAUAAAAAUUAA